CGAUUGAUUGAUUCUGAUGCGAAGGGCGUUCUCGCGAUCCGAUUGGUAUCGAUUUCGUUUUCUUUCGUGCCUUUUCGUCUUCUGUCGAUGCUUUGUGGCUCUCUUGUCGGAUCUGUGGUGGACGGCGGGGCAAUGGUUGCCCGCCGAUCGGCUGACGUGGUUAUGACUUGUUGACCAAGUUUUGAUUUUGUGCGUUGAUCAGUAGUUCGAGAUUGGAUCUGAUCCUCAUUGAUGCCUUCGGGAAGGCGCAUGGGGAUGGAUCAGGGGAAGCUCUUCAUCGGCGGAAUCUCGUGGGACACCAAUGAGGAUGGCCUCCGGGAGCACUUCGGCAAGUUCGGGGAGGUGGUGGAGGCCGUCAUAAUGAAGGAUCGGAACACAGGCCGCGCCCGCGGCUUCGGGUUUGUCGUGUUCUCUGACCCUGCCGUUGCUGAAAGAGUCGUGAUGGAAAAACAUACAAUUGAUGGCCGAGUGGUGGAUGUCAAGAAAGCUGUUCCUAGGGACGACCAGCAAGUUCUUAAUAGAAGCAGCAACAGCAUCCAUGCUUCUCUUAGCCCUGGCCGCACAAAGAAGAUAUUUGUGGGGGGUUUGCCGUCAACAAUAACAGAAAAUGACUUUAAGAAAUAUUUUGAUCAGUUUGGGACAAUAACAGAUGUCGUGGUGAUGUACGACCACAAUACACAGCGGCCUAGAGGAUUUGGCUUCAUCACAUUUGAUUCCGAGGAAGCUGUGGAUAAGGUAUUGCUCAAUACUUUCCAUGAUCUGAAUGGUAAGAAGGUAGAGGCCAAGAGGGCUGUGCCUAAGGAACUUUCUCCUGGACCCAGCACACGAUUGCAGACUGUUGGAUUUAACUAUGGUGUUAAUAGAGGUAAUAAUUUUCUUAGUGGGUAUGCACAGGGGUAUAAUCCAAGUCCAGUAAGUGGCUAUGGUAUGAGGAUGGAUAGCAGAUUAGGAGCUCUAUCUACAGGGAGGAAUGGACUCCCCUCACUUGGACCUGGAUUUGGAAUGGGACUUGAUUACAAUUCAACUUUGAGCUCAGGUAUUGUAGGGAAUACAAACGUUGGUAACAUUCUUGAUUAUGGGCGGGCCUUGAACUCGUUUUACAGUGGCGGGAAUUCAAGUAGGUAUGAUGGUCCCAUUCCAUAUAGUGGUUUUAACCGAAAUACUAGCGCACUUAUUAGUUCAAUGGCCCGAACUUUACUGGGAAACACAGGCCUUAAUUAUCCUGUAAAUUCUGCAACUGCAAGUGCAUCCAUGGCAUCUGGGACUGGUGGCCUUGGUAGCUUUAGCAACAGUAGCUUGAACUGGGGUAGUUCUCUUCCUAUCUCAUCUCAAUUUGGGGGGAGCCGCUCAGGCUAUGGCAGUGGGGAUCUGAGCUAUAUUGGUACUGAUAAUAUUGCACUGGGAGGCAACAGUUUUGAAAGAAGAGUCUCUCCUGUAGCCAACACUAAUCUUACUACUUCAAAUUCUGGAUAUGAAAUAAGUUAUGAAGAUUUAUAUGGUGGCAAUUCGGUUUAUGGAGACCCUACUUGGCGACCUUCAUUAUCAGAUGUUGAUGGUACUGGUUCAUUCAGCUACAGGCUUGGCAAUUCAGAUGCAGAUUCAGGCAAAGAAUUUGCAGAUUAUGUGGGUGGUUAUGAUGUUAACAGUAGGCAAACAGAUUGAGAGAGAUGGAUGCUAGCCAGCUUAUUUUCCCUGGUAGAUAUGUUUCUAUCAAGACUGCAACAGAGUUACAAUGUAGAUGUACACAUAUUUUCCUUUCCCAUUCUGCGUGAGAGUUCCAACAUAUGGUGUUUUGGUUUGCAAGGAAAUUUCCUGAAUAUGACUGCACAUUGGUUGCUGUGUCAUGCAGGGAUUGCUACCUUGAGAGAUUUUUCUCUCUCUCCUAGUUCUGAGCUCAUCACAAGUCAACUGUUCAGUGAACCUGGUGCAGAUAGUGAGUUAUAUAUAUUAUAUAUGGGUACAUUACAUGGAUCGGUUAGUCAUACAGAGCUAACAAGGGGGUCCAAAUAAAUUUAGUUUUUACUUUAAAGAUUUUUGUUGAUUUGGGUUUUGCUUUCAAUUUUACAACAAUUAGGUUUGUUUAUUGAGUUUGUUUGAGAUGUAAACUGUGGUUGCGGGACAUCUUCAGAAGAGUUGAGAUUCAUGCUGGCGUUGGCCGAAUGGAAUUUUAGAAGUAUUUCUGAUAAAUGAAAGAUAGGAAGGUGCAAUAAUAUGACGUGAUUGUUACCUUUUGA